AUGAUAGUAUUCCUAUUAUGGGUCGUUGUGCUGGUGGCUGCUCUGGCACUAUACUACCGCCAGAUCUACUCGAGAUUCUCUAAGUAUGGAGUCAAGCAGAAAGAGAUUAUUCCUUUUUUUGGCAAUAUGUUGAAGAUAACACUUCGCAUGGAACACUUCGCUGACAAUAUUGACUCAAUGUAUAACGAUUUUCCAGACGAAAGGUUCGUCGGCCGGUUUGAAUUUUCAAAACCCGCUAUAUUAAUAAGAGAUUUAGAAUUGAUAAAAAAAAUAACUAUCAAGGACUUCGAACACUUUCUGGAUCAUCGGGGCUUCGUUGAUGAUAAAGUCGAGCCACUUUUUGCAAGAAACUUAUUCUCUUUAAAAGGUCAAGAAUGGAAAGAUAUGAGGUCGACCUUGAGUCCGGCUUUCACGAGCUCCAAGAUAAAACAGAUGGUGCCGUUCAUGGAAGAAGUGGGAGAGAUGAUGAUUAGAGCGGUCAAGAAAAAUAUUGAGAAUUCUAAAGUCGGGCAGAUUGAAAUCGACGUGAAAGACCUGACCUCUAGAUAUUCCAACGAUGUGAUCGCUUCCUGUGCCUUCGGACUCAAAGUUGACUCUCAUACUACAGAAGAUAAUGAAUUCUAUGAGAUGGGGAAAAAAGCCUCGACUUUUAAGUUUAAGCAAAUGCUCCUCUUCUUUUUGAAUUCUGCUUUACCUUUUGUUGCUAGGCUAUUUAACCUAAAACUCUUCUCAAAAGAAACAACAAAUUUCUUUGUGGAUCUAGUACAAGGUACAAUGAAGGAAAGGGAAGACAAAAAAAUCAUUAGACCAGACAUGAUUCAUCUGCUGAUGGAAGCUAAGAAAGGUAAACUUACAUAUGAUGUCGCUAAUGGAAAAUCUGACUCCAAUGUUGGAUUUUCCACAGUUGAAGAAUCGGACUUAGGCCAAAAACCUGUUACUAGAGUGUGGUCUGAUAGCGACUUGAUCGCUCAAGCAGUAAUGUUCUUCAUUACUGCAUUUGAAACCAUAUCUACUGUGGCAUCUUUCACGCUUUACGAACUAGCCGUGAACCCAGACGUACAGGAGAAACUUCUUAAGGAGGUUAAGGAACAUAAUGCUAAAUUUGGAGGAAAAUUGGACUUUACAUCUAUUCAGAACUUGACUUAUUUGGAUAUGGUGGUCUCAGAAGUUUUAAGGCUGUGGCCACCAGCCAUCGUCUUGGACAGAGUAUGUAACAAAGACUACAACUUGGGAAAACCGAACAGUAAAGCCACUCAAGACUUCUUUGUGCGUAAAGGAGAGCUCGUAGGAGUUCCAGUAAUGAGCAUUCAUCGUGAUCCACAAUAUUUCCAAAAUCCUACUAAAUUCGAUCCUGAACGCUUUUCUGAAGAAAAUAGACACCUUAUUGAUAUGAUUCUUGAAAUAUGGGUUGUCGUUUUAUUUGUGGCCGCAGUGUUGUAUUAUCGUCAAGUGUACUCAAGAUUUACUAGAUUUGGUGUCAAACAACAGACACCGUUCCCUUUUCUCGGCAACAUGUUGCGAGUAACCCUUCGACUUGAACAUUUGAGUGAUACAAUGAAUUCAAUGUAUAAACAAUUUCCAGAAGAAAGGUUCAUUGGACGUUUCGAUUUCAUCAAGCCCUGUCUGUUCGUAAGGGACAUUGAAUUAAUAAAAAAAAUAACUAUUAAAGAUUUUGAACAUUUUGUGGAUAGAAGCGGCUUCUCCAUUGAAGUAGACUCAUUGUUUUCAAGAAAUUUAUUCUCUUUGAAAGGUCAAGAAUGGAAAGACAUGAGGUCGACCUUGAGUCCGGCUUUCACGAGCUCCAAGAUAAAACAGAUGGUGCCGUUCAUGGAAGAAGUGGGAGAGAUGAUGAUACAAGCAGUGAAAAAUAAAAUCAAAAAUUCAGGAAAUGAAUGGAUUGAAAUCGACUGCAAGGACUUAACAACCCGCUAUACCAAUGAUGUGAUCGCUUCUUGUGCUUUUGGCAUAAAAGUGGACUCGCAUACUGACGUUGAUAACGAGUUCUAUAAAAUUGGAAAAAUAGUUAGCACUUUCAGAUCUAGAGAUAUCAUUUUGUUCCUACUCUAUUCCGCUGCACCUUUCCUUGGGAAGUUCUUUAAAGUGGAACUUCUCUCGACAAAAACAAGAAACUUUUUCAUCGAUCUUGUUUUAAGCACAAUGAAGCAAAGGGAAACUCACAACAUUAUACGACCGGAUAUGAUACACUUACUGAUGGAAGCCAAGAAAGGCAGACUGAACCAUGAAAAAGAUGUGAUUAACGCUGACGUUGGCUUUGCUACAGUGGAAGAAUCCGAAGUAGGACAGAACAAUAAACAGAGAAGCUGGUCAGACACUGACCUCAUCGCCCAGGCAGUUCUAUUCUUCAUCGCAGCCUUCGAAGUAGUUUCAACGGCGAUGACCUUCACACUUACUGAACUAGCACUGCAUCCUGAGGUGAAAGAGAAACUAGUGCGUGAAAUAAAGGAACACGAUGAAAAAUAUGGCGGCAAGCUGGACCUACAUUCUAUACAAACAUUAACUUAUUUGGAUAUGGUUAUCUCAGAAGUAUUAAGGUUGUGGGUACCGACCGUACUCAUAGAAAGGAUGUGCGUGAAAGACUACAAUAUGGGGAAACCUAACAGAGAAGCUACUGAAGAUUUUAUUCUCCGCAAAGGUGAAUCAUUACAAAUUCCAACUUGGUGCAUUCAUCGUGAUCCACAAUUUUUUCCUAAUCCCACUAAGUUCGACCCUGAACGGUUCUCCAAAGAAAAUCGACAUCUUAUCCAUCCCAUUGCCUAUAUGCCAUUCGGACUUGGACCAAGAAAUUGCAUUGGUUCACGCUUCGCUCUCUGCGAGCUAAAGGUGUUAGUGUAUCAGAUACUUCUUAACUUUGAUUUGUCGCCAACCAAAAACACAUGCAUUCCAGCAAGAUUGAACAAGAACUCCUUCCAUCUUCGACUUGAGGGCGGUCAUGCGCUAAAAUUCAGAUCACGUCAAAUUUAA